AUGUCCAACACGAUUGACACGGCCAAAUUGGCCUUGAUCUCCCAGGGAUCGGCAUAUGGCCUUCUCAUCGGCCUCAGUGUCGUCUUCUGCGGAGUAAUUUUAAUUGCGCUGAAGGUUCAGAAAGCAUAUCUAUCUGAGGAUUCUGGCAAGUCAGAAAUGUUCAUGGUGGCUAAUCGAUCAGUUGGCACCGGCUUAACAGCUUCCGCUGUAUUCUCAUCAUGGAUGUGGAUCAAUGAGACAGUACUAGCAGCAGCAAUGUGCUAUCGCUACGGUCUAGCUCUUCCACUGGUAUUGGUGGGCCUCUGGUCUUUGUUUUCAAGUUGCAUUGAUGGCAGCUCUGGGCGUGAUGGCAAAAUUCGAGUUCCAUAUGCGCAUACGUCUCUGGAGGUUGUCCGCAUGAGAUAUGGAAAGAUUGGACAUAUUAUUUUCAUUGUGCUGAAUCUUGUGAACAACGUCUUUGGAUGUGCCUCGAUGAUCAUGACUGGGUCACAGCUGAUUUACGGUGUCUCUGGGAUGCAUUUUGUUGCAGCUACCAUUCUUAUCCCGCUUGGAGUGGUGCUCUAUACCGCAGUGGGAGGCUUGAAAGCUACUUUCCUCACAGACUUCCUUCACACGGCCAUUGCGCUAAUUCUUAUCAUCUACUUCACAAUUGCGGUCCUCACCAACUCUGCCGUCGGUGGCUUGGGUGGCCUGUAUGACAAGGUUGUGACUACUGCAAGCGAAAAUUAUAUUUCGGGAAACUAUGAGGGAUCACUCCUUACAUUCAAGUCAAAAGGCGCAAUUAUCUGGAGCCUGAUUCUGAAAUUUGGAAACUUAGCCCUAGUUGUUAUGGAUACCGCGUUCUGGCAAAAGUCUUUCGCAACCGAGGUCCGGGCCACUGUACCGGGCUAUAACAUCGCAGCAAUCUCAGUUUUUGGAAUCCCAUGGGGACUUGGAACUGUCAUUGGAUUGACGGCUCGAGCGAUUCAGAAUACACCCAUCUUUCCAACAUAUCCCGGCCCACUAACUUCCACAGAAGUCAAUAUGGGCAUGGUGAUGCCUUAUGUCCUCAAGGCUCUUCUUGGGGACAAGGCUAUCAUUGGAUUCUUCUUCUUACUUUUCAUGGCUCUUACUAGCACUAUCUCAUCAUCGAUGAUUGCUGUCAGCAGCAUUCUGUCAUAUGAUCUCUACAAGACCUACCUCAACCCCAAGGUGACUGACAAGCAACUUGUGCGGGUGAGCCACCUAACUGUGGUCAUUCAUGGAGUCUUCAUCACCGGAAUUUCAAUUGCUUUGAAUUAUGGAGGCGCCAACAUGACCUGGAUUGGUUAUCUGCGACCCAUCAUUUCGUGUCCCGGUAUCAUCCCGCUGAUCCUCACAUUGUUCUGGUCACGCCAAACUCGCUUAGCAGCGAUUGCGUCACCUAUCCUCGGAUUCCUCACUGGGCUUGCUGUUUGGCUGGCAACCGCACAGUCCAUGUAUGGAGCCAUCAACAUCAACACCACCUCGAAUAUUUAUCCGGCAUUGUAUGCAGCGAUUGCAUCUUUCUUCACACCCGGUCUCUACUCUGUCAUAUUGUCCCUGUACAAGCCUUACAAAUUUGACUGGCGCGAGUUCCUGCGCAUCGAGCUAGCAGACGAGGCUCAUCUUCACGCUGCCUCUGACGUUUGUACACUCAACGAGACCAGUGACGACGAAAAUUCUAGAAGUCACAAAGAUGUUUCUACAUCUAUCAAUGCAGUGCCAAACGGCCCUGACUCCGCACUAACCAGAAAAAGCGAUCUCAAACCACCUGGAGACGAAAAGACUUCAACAGAAACCUGGACAUCACCCAGAGCUACUCCCAAUCUUGACGAUGUCCAACAUCCCUUCGAUGAGCAAACUUUGAAGGAGCUAUACCGCUGGCUAAAGAUCGCAUGUAUCAUGUUUGUGGCCAUUGUUUUGGUAACAUUCGUUGCUUGGCCACUUCCGCUGUAUCGUGAUUAUAUCUUCACAAAGUCUUUUUUCUCUGGAUGGACUACAGUGGCCAUCAUUUGGCAAUUUGGUGCGUUCGGCGCAGUAGUCAUAUUCCCUCUCUACGAUGGGAGGCACGCAAUCGCGACUGGUGCGCGCGGUAUUUGGAGAUCUACCAAGGAGUUUUUAGACACGAAACAGAGGCCGUGA